UGGUGGUCAGUGAGAAGAAUGUCCCUUACAUUGGUGAUCAGUGGGAAGAAUGUCCCUUACAUUGGUGAUCAGUGAGAAGAAUGUUCCUUACAUUGGUGGUCAGUGGGAAGAAUGCUCUUUUACAUUGGUAGUAGGUGAGAAGAAUGUUCCUUACAUUGGUGGUCAGUGGGAAUAAUGUCCCUUUCAUUGGUGGUCAGUGGGAAGAAUGCUCUUUUACAUUGGUAGUAGGUGAGAAGAAUGUUCCUUACAUUGGUGAUCAAUGGAAAGAAUGCUCCUUAAAUUGGUGAUCAGUGGGAAGAAUUCUCCUUACAUUGGUGGUCAGUGUGAAGAAUGUCUCUUACAUUGGUGGUCAGUGGGAGGAAUGUUCCUUACAUUGGUGAUCAGUGGGAAGAAUGUCCCUUACAUUGGUGGUCAUUGGGAAGACUGUCCCUUACAUUGGUGGUCAGUGAGAAGAAUUUUCCUUACAUUGGUGGUCAGUGGGAAGAAUGUCCCUUACAUUGGUGGUCAGUGAAAA